AGAACAGGAUGAAUACAAUGGCGACGGUGAUGGUGAAGACCGAGUAAGGGAGGCACAGCAAAUAGAGAAGAAGGAGAGAAUCACCCUCAUAAAGCAGCAGUUUGCCCUCCGUCGCAAGGGGGCCCAGCGUGGUGGCUCCUCGGGAUCUUCCUCUUCCUAUACAAGUCGACUGAAGGAGCAGAAAGAGAAAGAGAAGUUGGAGAAAGAGGAGAAGGAGAGAGCCAACAGAUCCAAGCUGACUAAUGCUGAAUACACGUCAAAGAUUUCAGGGCUGAAUGUGGGAACCCGUGAGAGCUACCUCCAGCUGGUGGUACAGGCCCUGGUCAAGAACUAUGAAGCUUGCAAGCACCUGUCGCCAGUGGAGAAGAACCUCAAAGAAUCGGACAUAGAGGAUGUUGCUGUUAAGCUGGAGUACAGCAUCUUCACCUCCACAAACGUCAUCAUGAUAUACCGGAAGGGAAUGAUGUCCUUGAUGAUGGGUAUCAGAAAAGACACGACAGCACUUAACUUGCGAAAUGAGUUGGCAGACCAUGAGCCUAAGCUGAGUCUUAACCAGUGGGCCAAGCAAGUGGAAAAAGAGUUGAAGAACAAGAAUAAAGUUGGCUCUGGUUUCAAGAGUGCCUCCCAGCUCAUGGAUGAGAAGGCAGAGGAGAGCAGCAAGACGGCCAACAAGGAACCUCCAAAUCUUAGCACAAGAAGGGGAUUUUCCUUGAAGAGGUCACCUAAUCACCAGACAUCUAUAAAUUCAUUCUUUGGGAAGGCACCUCAGGGGGAUUCAAAGAAAAAGGACCACCAGCUGUCAGAAAGUGAGUCAGAGGGAGACGACAAUAAUGGGGAGGGAAAUUCUGUACAGGACAAGGAAGAGAUACAGGAGGACAUGGAAGGAAAGCAAGGGGAGGAUGCCCAAAGAAGUCCCCAGAGCUACAAGGAGAGAUAUUUAGACAGCGACUGUGACAGCAGAUAUGAUCCUGACGAGAAUCAGGAGUUUGGGGUGGAUGAAGUGUCCCUUUCAGACCUUGAGUGUGAUGAUGAGGAUGAUGACAGGGAUGUUAGAAUAAUUCCUGAUGAUGGUGUUAAAGAAAGUGAGAAAAAGGAAAAUAAAGAUGAUAUGAGUUAUGAUUUUCCUGAAUCUGAAGGUUUUACAUGUGAUAAGGGAGAUGAAGUCAGUAUUAGUAGGGAGGAAGUGAUUUGUGAUGAAGAAUCUAAUCAAGACACUGACAUGAAGGAUGUGGACAUUUCUGAUGAGACAAAAUGUGCAGAUGAUAUGCUUAAAACAGACGAAGAUAAGGAUAUGUUACAAAACUCAUUUUCAGGAGAAAAGGAAAAUGUGAAUUCAACAGAACAUGGCACAACCUUUAGGAAUUCCCCCUUGAAGGAUGAAGAUUCAUACAUGGAAUACUCUCACAACAAAAAUUCUGACUUGCAUAACAAACGCAGUCCUUCACCAAAUAACCAAGACACCUCCAGAGGCCAGAAGCGAACAAUGGAAGAGGACAAGGCAAGUGGGAAGACUUCAACAAGGAAAAGGACCAAGCUCACAGAAAUUGACCUGUUUGGAAACACAGACUCCCAGCAGUCAGACUCAGAGCCAGAAAGUGAAAGUCGUAGUAGCACAAAAGAGAAUCGCCAUCAGUCUGAAAAAGAUUCCAAGCACAAAGGAGACAACUCUAAGUCACGCAGCAGCAAACAUUCACACAAAGAUGACACCAGUGCCUCCAAAGGACGGAGCAGAAGAGAGACAUCAAAGGGGGAAAAGAAGCUAAAGGAGAUUGAUCUCUUUGGGGAAGCUGACAGAGAUUGCGAAUCAGAAGGACAGCAGAAUGAAAGAGGAGUAAGUGAUAGAAAGAGAAAUGAUAGAAGAAUUGAGGUUAAGAGCAUGAGGAAUGAGGAAACACACAAAAAGAGCAGUAGAAGUAGGGAAAGUGAGCACAGACACAGUAAGGAUGAAAGAAGGAGUGAUAAAAGUCGACAUGAUGAUGACAGAAGGAAGUCAGAGAGAGACAUAAAGGAAAGAGAGAAGCAGAAUGAGAAAAAAAACAAUUUUACAUUCAAAAGUUUUAAAACGGACAACAGGAAUGAUUCAGAAAGCAGACCAAAACUUCCAGAUGAGACAACCUACAGGAAAAUUAAUAACUUUGAAGUUGGAGUAAACAGAGAGAAGGAGAAACAGGAAUAUAACAGAAAAGAGCAUAAGCCCAGAGAGGAAGAUGAAAGUAGUCAGAGGAAAUCAAGUGACAGUAAGGAAAGGAAACAAAAUGAAAACAUAGAAAGAAUUACCAGUCCCAGAAAUGACAGGAAAACAAGUGAAAGAAAAGAGAGACGGACUAGUGAAAACAAGGAGGUAAAAGCAAGUGAAGAGAAUGUGAGGAGAGGAAGUGAAGCUAAGGAAAAGAGGGCAAGUGAAGGGAAGGAGAGGAGGCCAAGUGAAGGGAAGGAGAGGAGGCCAAGUGAAGGGAAAGAAAGGAGGGCAAGUGAAGGGAAGGAAAGGAGGGCAAGUGAAGGGAAGGAGAGGAGGGCAACUGAUGGGAGGGAGAAAAGAACAGUUGAAAGUAAAGAGAGAACACCAAGUGAGACCAGAGAAAGGAAGGCCAGUAAUAGUUCUUGUCAGAUUUUGGAACCGACAGAAACAGCUACGAAGCUGGGAAUGAGUGUAGAUAUGCAUAAGAUAGAUCUGUGCCUUGUAGAAAAAUCAAAACCUAAGCCCAUGCCAGCACCUGUGUCAAAGAACCCGCCAGUGAACAAAAAGUUGAUAGCAGAUUGGGUUGUAAAACACCUGAUGCCACACUACAAGAAUGAAAGCAUCAGGGGAAAGGAGGUCUUUAAGGCACUAGCCAGACAGCUGUCACAUCACAUCUCAAACCAGGGUGUCAUUCGAGAGGAUGAUGAGGUGAAACAGUACGUUAAUGGCUUCUUCAAAAGAGUGAAAAACGUUUCCAGUGAAGCUGAUAUUGUCCUUGAAUAAUAAUAUCUCCCUUGAAUAUAGACCUUCUCCUGCCAAGUGCUGCUAGCUAUCAAAACCCUGUUGUAGUUUCUGCAAACGAAGGGAGGGGUUACUUUUAAGCAGUAACCGUUACAGAAAAUUGGAGUGACUUUAAGCAUUAUAUUGUUUUCCAGCUUGACAUACCUAGAGAUUUAUUUAUUUAUUUAUUUAUUUAUUUAUUUAUUUAUUUUUUAUUUUUUUUUUUUUACAGUACCCGGUUUAUAAACAUCAGAGCCUUGUGUAACUAUACAGAUUAAAGAAAACUGGGAUUUCAGAGGUAUUUAGCUAUAUAUUGUUCCUGACAAAAAUGUUUUAUGGUUGAAAUUUUUUUGUGCAUCGUUUCCUAUACACCAGAUACCUGCAUAUAAAGAUGUAUGUAUGAUACCUGUCACUCUGGUUACUGGUGGUAUAUAUGUUGGCUGCUAAUUUGUACCUAAUCUUUUGUAUAAAUGAGGACUGCAUUUAGUGGUAUUCGUAAACUGUGAUAAUGCAGGAAGGCUAAACUUGUAAUUCUUUUAUUCUUUCUUAUUAAUGUUUCAUUCUUUAUGAUAAUGUCUAUACUUUAAACAGUAUUAGAUAGUCACAUGUGUAAAUUUACAAUGUGAAAAGUAUAUGAAGAAUGCUUCUUGUUUUCAUUAUAAAUUGUAUUUGAGUGAUGGCUUAUAAGAUGAGAGUAGAAGACAUAAUUGUGUUUAUAUUAGAUAUUGCGUAACCAGGGUCUUUACUUCUUGCUCAGAAUUACAAGCUAAAUAUGUAUACAGUAUAUGUGUUUGUCUGUUCCUGUUUCAAUUUCUUUCUUUCUUUUCGUUCUCUCCCUCGCUUUCUCUCUCUCUCUCUCU